UCAGUUGUGUGUGUGUGUGUGUGUGAGAGAGAGAGGUAUGGAGCGAGAGAUACACCGACUGUAGGAUCGGAUGGACGCGGAGCCUCAACACUAGCAGCCACUACAGCCAUGCUCCACCGGAGUAUGAGGACAGCUGGGGUGGAGCUGCCGGAAGUGGGGUCAAAGGAUGUUCCUCUUAUUGGAUAUCGGCCUCUACCGGCGGAGACGGAAAGGCAGUUUGUGAAGGAGGCCAGCGCUGGAGAACAGGUGUCUAGGAGCAGCAUUGAAAAAAGAACUGUUCAAGAAGUGGCACCUGAUGAGCAUUAUGAACCCACUUUGUUAAUGUGUCAACUUUGUGUCGAGGCUUCUCCCAUGAAAACCACCUGGUACUGUCCACUCAACCUGUCCACUGUGACUGAGAAGGAGGAAGAUGGCAUCAUUUACACUGUGAUAGUGAAGCCACAGCAUGGUGACCCCUAUGCACAGUCUCCAGGUCAGCGCUCACAGUGUGUGAAGGCCGGGACGGAGGAGAAGCUUGUCCUUCACCUACUCCAGUCUUUCUCUAUGGGGGACUCAUCUUUCAUCUCCAUUUUUCUUUCCACCUUCCGCUCCUUCACCACUACCCAGAGGGUGCUGGACAUCCUGAUGGACAGACUGGCGAAUCCACCAGGAGAGAACAACAGUCCCACCCGCCAGGCCUUCAACAAGGCAGUGUGUACUGUGUUUAGUACAUGGCUCAGUGAGUACCCAGAGGAUUUCCAGUCGCUGGGUGAGCCCUCACGUCUGCUGCGCCUGGCACCCCUGAUACCACACCCGGUGGGAUCCGAGAUCAAAAGUCGGCUGCUAAAGAUUGCAGAAGGGCUCAGUGACAAGUGCCUGAUUACUGACUCCACUACAGAUUCUUCUGCUACUCCUGUCCAGUCACCUUCUCCUGAUCCAUCAAAGUUUGACGCUACCAGUAUCCUGGGUUUUCCCUCCAGCAUCACAGCUGAGCAGCUGACCAAGAUCGAGACUGAGCUGUUUCUGAAGUUGGUUCCCUACCACUGUCUGGGCUCCAUGUGGUCCCAGAGAGAUAAAAAGGGCAAAGAGGGGGUGUGCUGGUCAGUCAGAGCUACGGUCCGCCAGUUCAAUCGUCUCGCCAAUGCCGUGACUGCUUCUUGUCUGUGGCAGAGAGAACUGAGGACACAACAGAGAUCCAGACUGCUGGAGAAAUGGAUCAGUGUUGCUGAGGCAUGCAGAGCCCGGAAAAACUUCUCGUCUUUAUACGCCAUUGUGUCAGCACUACAGAGCAACCCAAUCCACAGACUGAGGAAGACGUGGCAGGAGACAGACAAGGAUGCAGUGAAGCGCUAUGAGGAUCUGGCUGCCAUUUUUUCUGAGAAGGAUAACUACUCCCAGAGCCGCGAACUGCUCAAAGAAGAGGGAACUGCAAAAUAUGCUAAUGUAGACACUAAAAUCAACAACAGAAGACACACAUCCAGUUCUCAGGGCACCGUACCGUACCUGGGCAUCUUUCUGACUGACCUCACCAUGCUGGACGCUGCAGUGAAAGACAGAUUAGAGAAUGGCUACAUCAACUUUGACAAGCGGCGACGUGAGUUUGAGGUUCUGGCUAAAAUCCGCAUCCUCCAGUCCUCGUGCAGGAACAGCAUCUUCAGAACGGAUGAGUCGUUUGUGCACUGGUACCACAGUGUUCCCACGCUGACUGAGGAGGAGAGCUACAGGUUGUCCAAUCAGAUUGAACCUCAGGCAGAACAGAGUCCAGCGCGUCUGAUGCAGCCGACAGUGGUCAUCACCGAAUGUUCUGAUUCUUUUAUGGAUGUGACAAACACUGGCAUGGAUGCUGAUGGAAUAUUUGAUCUCCCUUCACCUGUCAAUCAUUUGCUGUCCAGGCUCACCAAGCAUAUGAAAUCCCCCUCCGUUUCCUGUCUGGAUGUUGAGUCGUCCCCACCAACCACUGAUCCCAACCCUUCUGCACUGAGCAUACCCGUUAACGUCGUCAAAUCUCAUCGCCGCUCUGUCUCGUGUGGCAAUGCUCCACCCAAACACAAACCAGGGGCGGGGCCAGACAUGCGGAUAGUCAAGAUACGGAUGGGCUUACAGGAUGGGAACUUGUAUCGAAGCAUUCUGGUUACCAGUAAUGACAAAAGUCCAACUGUAAUCAGCUCUGCACUAGAAAAACACAACCAAGAUCCUCGAGAGGCUUCCAAAUAUGAGCUCAUCCAACUGCUUCCUGAAGGAAAAGAGUUGACAAUACCUGCUACAGGAAAUGUCUUUUACGCCAUGAGCUCAGCGAGCGUCGACUUCCUGUUAAGGAGACGAGGGGGAAACACACCAGUUGGUUCACCAUCACUAAACAAUGAAAGCAGUGCCACUUUUCCACGAAUCAAGGCCAAAGGCCGGAGACUGGUCCGAACUCUCUUUUAACACUCAGACAACACAAAUCUGAAGAACCUGUCUAUAAGUUCCACAGCCUAACAGAGGUUCCAUUCUACUUUUCGCUUGAAUAUGAAAAAUAAAAAUGCUCAUGCUGCCUUCAAGUCCUUCUUUGGAAGUACAAAGUCAUCAGUACAAUGUGAUGUGUUGGUUAAAAACAAACUGAAACUGUAGACUCAGCAUACAAAAUUACUGUUUAAAAGUGUCGGCAACAUCCAUAUGAGUGGUCACCACAAUCUUUUAUACCCAGUAAAAAGUCAUUCUGAGCAGUAUUUGUGCUUGUUUUCAUGUGCUUUGAUCCCAAAAUCAUGGUAUUUCCAACAGGACUUGAAGGAAGCAUGAAUGAGAAGCUAAAUAUUCAGCAUGUUUUGGAAUCGUUGCAUUAAUUUUGUUAAGUUACUAAAUUCAGCUGAGAACGAUGCCUAAUUUUUAAUGUUAUAACUUGUUCAGGACUUCUGUCUACCUCAGAUACCUUUAGCUUCAGCUAAUUUUAAAAAACACUGAAUCAUCAGUAAUAAGCAACUAUCAAACCACAACCAAAUGACUUGUAGCACUUUAGGGUACUUACCCAAAUUAAAAUGCUCCUAAACAUUUUCAUUUUUAACCAUCAUAUAUAGGCUGUGUUUAAAAUGGUAUACUGGAUACUACCAUCCAGUACCAUAUAGUACACAAAAUAUGAGCACUAGAAGAACACACAGCAAUUUUUAUGUGCAAAAUGCUUACUGCUGAAUGCUGUUAAAUGUGUUAUUUCACUAUUGGUGCCGUUGUUUACGUCAUUUUAGCCAAACAAAUUAAAAACAAUUUGUAAUAAAGACUACGAGUAACAUAAAGACAGAUGCAGCUUCUGGCUAAUUUGCCUAGCAUACAUUAGUCCUUGAUUGUCAAAAAAUAAAUUUUUAACUCUGGUUUUAUGUUGAACUGUUUUAGAUUAAAAAAAAAUCAUGAUCAGAUUGCAGUCAUGAUUUAAUCUGACCUUGAUUUAAUUUAUCCAAUGUUAAAAAAAUUUACAGUAGAUCUCUGAGUUUGGGGGCACUUUAAUCGUGGGACAGUUCCCACAAUGCAUCAUUAUGAUAACCGACUUGUAUGACAAAAACUCACUGCCAGUCUUUCUAACCAAGUAUGCAAGCAGACAAAUGCACAUUUUUACUAGUUUGACAAAACUGUGAUUCUGCUGGACAUUUUAUAUAAAAUGUUCAAAUAUAAAUAUCGACUAACACUGUCCAAUCUUAAUUGCAGAGAGUGAUUACAGCCCUGUCCACAUAAACGCAGAUAUUUUUUAAAAACAUAUGGGUUUUUCCUGAAUUUGACCUCUCAUGGACAUAAAAACGGCAUCUGAGGUUUCAUAAAAACCUUGUCUUGCAUGUGAAGCUGCUAAUCUUGUAAUGAGAUUUGUGUCUGGAAAAUGACAUUAGAAAAGUCUAUAAACACAAGCACAGUCACGUCCAGUUUUUCUAAAAUCUGUAACAACACAGAAAGAGUUAAAACCACAACUCUUACUGUAGUGAGACAGUUUAAUGCUGCUCU